UACCGUGACAAGAGAACCCCUCUUGAAUUGUGGACACCGGAACUGGACUCAGUACUCCUGCAGCGGUGGCACCAGCGCCAAAUACAGAGCUUCCUAUCCUGCAUACGGUGCCUUUGCUGAAGUGCUGCACAUGGUGGACCUGAGAAACCCCCAGGACGCAUUCCGGGAUGGCAGCUAGGUGACGACAGCUGAGGAUGACCCUGACUGAAAAGCUGCGCGAGAAGAUAUCGCGGGCGUUCUACAACCACGGGCUGCUGUGUGCUUCAUACCCCAUUCCCAUCAUCCUCUUCACUGGCCUCUGUAUCCUGGCCUGCUGCUACCCGCUGCUUAAGCUCCCCUUACCUGGAACAGGACCUGUGGAGUACAGCACUCCGGUGAAGGAUUACUCGCCACCUUCUUCAGAGCCAGGCCACCAGCAAGGAGAUCCUAGUGAGAGACCGGAUUGGUACCUGGGCCCUCCCGUGGCCUACAUCCAGCAGAUCUUGGUGAAAGCCACGGUCUCGCCAUGGCACAAGAACUUCCUCGCUGUGGACGUGUUCCGCUCGCCGCUCUCCCGCGUCUUCCAGCUAGUGGAGGAGAUCAGAAACCACGCCCUGAGAGACAGUUCUGGGAUCAGAAGUUUGGAGGAAGUCUGCCUUCAGGUGACAGACCUCCUGCCCAGCUUAAAGAAGCUGCGAGACCUGCUACCUGAACAUGGCUGCCUCCUGCUGUCUCCAGGGAACUUCUGGCAGAAUGACCGAGAGCGCUUUAACUCCGACCCUGAUAUCAUCAAAACUAUCCACCAGCACGAACCAAAGACACUGCAGACAUCAGCUACCCUCAAAGAUCUCUUGUUCGGAGUCCCGGGGAAGUACAGCGGCGUGAACCUGUACAACAGGAAGCGGGUGGUGUCCUACACUGUCACUCUAGCUCUCCAGCGAUAUGAUUCCAGGUUCCUCACCAGCCUCCGCUCCCGGCUGAAGCUGCUGCACCCUAGCCCCAACUGCACCCUGCGGGAGGAGCACGUUGUCCACGUCCACUUCAAAGAGGAGAUCGGCAUCGCUGAGCUGAUCCCCCUUGUCACCACCUACAUCAUCCUCUUCGCUUACAUCUACUUCUCCACACGGAAGAUUGACAUGGUGAAGUCGAAAUGGGGCUUGGCCCUGGCCGCGGUUGUGACGGUGCUCAGUUCUCUGCUCAUGUCGGUGGGUCUGUGCACGCUGUUUGGCCUGACGCCUACUCUCAACGGAGGGGAGAUUUUUCCGUACCUGGUGGUGGUGAUUGGCCUAGAGAAUGUGCUGGUUCUUACCAAAUCGGUCGUCUCCACGCCCGUCGACCUGGAAGUGAAACUGAGGAUCGCACAAGGCUUGAGCAAUGAGAGCUGGUCUAUUAUGAAGAACAUGGCCACAGAGCUUGGGAUCAUCCUGAUUGGUUAUUUCACGCUCGUCCCGGCCAUCCAGGAGUUUUGCCUCUUUGCUGUGGUUGGCCUGGUGUCCGACUUCUUCCUACAGAUGUUUUUCUUCACCACCGUGCUGUCCAUUGACAUUCGCCGGAUGGAGCUCGCUGACCUGAACAAACGUCUGCCGUCAGAAGCCUGCAUGCCCCCGGCAAAGCCAGUGAGCCGCUCCCAGAGGUACGAGCGCCAGCCAGCCAUGCGGCCAGCCACCCCGCACACCAUCACCCUGCAGCCGUCAUCCUUCAGGAAUCUGCGCCUGCCCAAGAGGCUGCGGGUCAUCUACUUUUUUGCCAGGACCCGGCUGGCCCAGCGGCUCAUCAUGGCUGGAACGGUGAUUUGGAUUGGAAUCCUGGUGUACACAGAUCCCGCUGGCCUCCGCACCUACCUCACGUCGCAGGUCACAGAGCAGAGCCCGCUGGGAGAAGCGGGACUGCCUCCCAUGCCAGUUCCUGGAGGUGUCCUUCCGGCUGGGGAUGUCAAGCUCGCCCUCUCGGUCUUCCCCUCGGAGCCCGUGCAGCUGUCAGAGAACCAGACGCAGCCAAAUCAGCAGCCGUGGGCCCAGGGACCGGAGAGCCACGGCAGUGGGCAGCCGGAGCCUGGCACCAAGGCAGAGGUCACGUGGGGCGUGGAGGAUGAGGAGAUCUGGAGGAAGCUCUCCUUCCGACACUGGCCAUCCCUCUUCAGCUACUACAACAUCACCCUGGCCAAAAGGUACAUCAGCAUCCUCCCAGCCAUCCCUGUCACCUUGUACCUGAAUCCACGAGAAGCCUUAGAAGUGCGCCACCCUCAGGAGGCUAAUCGCUACCACUCUUUCUUCCCUUCGAGCCUCGGGAAAUUGGAGGCGGUGGAUCGGCCUGGUGAGGCCUUGCCCAAACUGCAGGGGCACCGGGACGUCACGCUCUACAAGGUAGCUGCUCUGGGCCUGGCCUCUGGCAUCCUCCUGGUUCUUCUGCUCUUCUGCCUGUACAGAGUGUUCUGCCCCAAAAACUAUGGGCAGAACGGGCUCUCGCACAGCCGGAGGAAGAGAGGGGACCUGCCCUGCGACGACUACGGCUAUUCCCCACCCGAGACCGAGAUCACCCCCCUGGUCCUCAGGGGUCACCUCAUGGAUAUCGAGUGCCUGGCCAGUGACGGGAUGCUGCUCGUCAGCUGCUGUCUGGUGGGUCAGAUCCGAGUGUGGGAUGCUCAGACUGGAGACUGCCUCACUGUCAUCCCCAAACAAGGGUUGCGCAGAGACAGCAGCGGCAUCUUUGAUUACCAGGAGAGCUGGGAUCAGAGCCCAGACCUCAAGAACGGGCUGGAGGAUCCCUUCGACAACAGCCAUCCGCUCAAGAGGAUGCUGAGCCCCCCGCAGCCCCCUCUGUUCUGCGACCAGCCGGACCUCACCUCUCUCAUCGACACCAACUUCUCGGAGCAGGCCAAGGCGGUGGAGCCGGAGCCCAGGCACCGCGCAGUCUGCAGCCGGCACAAGGACACUGGCUACAACUUCGGCAGACUGGUAGAGAAGGUCUACGAGGAGCAGAGCGCUUCGAACUGCAUGAACUUCGCCGGCUUCCCGGCCACGCACGGGCAGGCCGUUUCCUGCGCGAGGACGGGCAGCACGAGGGCCCUGAGCUGCGGGACGGGGGAAGGAGGGUGCAGUGCUCGCAGGAAGAGCCUAGGGGACGAGCCUUUGGCCGGAUUUGAAAAGUCCUCCCCCGUCGCUGCGUGGGCCGGUGACUUGGAAAGCUCUGUCUGGAGCCUGGACCUGCGGGGCAACCUCAUUGUGGCUGGCCGGAGCAACGGGAAGCUGGAGGUGUGGGAUGCCAUCGAGGGGACCUUACGGUGCUGUAACGAGGAGGGUCAGUCCGGAAUCACAGCACUCGUCUUCCUGAACAACAGGAUUGUGGCUGCCAGGCUGAACGGCUCCUUGGAUUUCUUCUCUUUAGAAACCCACUCAUCCUACAACCACCUGCAGUUCCGAGGAACCCCUAGCAGGAGCAGCAUCCCAUCCUCCCCCAUGUGCAGCAGCAAUGACCUCAUCAUGUGCCAGCUGACCCACACGGUGCCCUGCGCCCAUCAGAAGCCAAUCACGGCACUGAAGGCUGCGGCUGGGCGGCUGGUGACAGGCAGCCAGGACCACACUCUGAAAGUAUAUCGGCUGGAAGAUUCGUGCUGCUUGUUUACACUGCAGGGUCACUCAGGAGCAAUCACAGCUGUGUACAUAGACCAGACGAUGGGGCUAGCGAGCGGGGGCCAGGAUGGCGCCAUCUGCCUUUGGGACGUGCUGACAGGAAGCAGGGUCAGUCACAUGUACGCCCACCGCGGGGACGUCACCUCGCUGACCUGCACCACCUCCUGCGUGAUCAGCAGUGGCUUGGAUGACGUGAUCAGCAUCUGGGACCGAAGCUCCGGGAUCAAACUCUAUUCCAUCCAGCAGGACCUGGGGUGCGGGGCCAGCCUGGGGGUGAUCUCCGAUAACCUGCUGGUGACGGGAGGCCAGGGCUGCGUCUCCUUCUGGGACAUCGGCUACGGCGACCUGCUGCAGACCGUCUACUUGGGGAAGAGCAACGAGUCGCAGCCGGCCCGGCAGAUCCUGGUGCUGGAGAACGCCGCCAUCGUCUGCAACUUCGGCAGCGAGCUCAGCCUGGUCUACGUGCCCUCGGUGCUGGAGAAACUGGACUGA